UUCAAGUCGGCUGAGUGCCCUGACAUGUUCAAUGCCGUUGAUGGCCUGCUGCUCCUCUUAUACGUGGCAAAGGUUAACGCGUUCGACCUAUCCCUCGAAGCCUUCCCUCACCGGGGCUGCGGCAUGUUCAUCUUCGCCUUGGAUCACGACAUCGGGGUCGUCACCAUCUCGGGCAAGGAGUUGGUCGAGCACCAGGAGUUGCCGAAGUACGGUCAGACGGUGGCCUCCCAGGCGCUCGCCAACAACUACGCCGCCAUCGUCAAGGAGGCCAAUUUCGAAGUGACGCCCGAGACCACGGCCAGGAGGAGGAGGAGGUCGUCCAAGGGCGCCGAGGAGAUCGAGGCGCGCAUACACGGGGCACAGUUGACUUUGGAUUCCCAGCACGACGCGAAGUGCAGCAAGAAGAUGACGCUCGCCGCGGCGUCGCAGCGGGCGCAGGCGCCAGCGCGCGCGAUGAAGAGCAUCGCCCAGUGGGAGGGCGUGGCGGCGUGGAAGGGCGACUUGGGG